UCUGUUGCCCCAGAGUCCAGGGACUAUCACAAUGCCGUUGGCCACCCCCUACACCAAGCCUAUCCAGGUCACACAAAGCCUUAUUUCUCGCGCGUGGGUUUCUGCGCAGAAAACUCUAUGGGAACCGUUUUCUCGAUCUUAUCAUGUGGAUCCCUAACCGAGGACUCGUUCCUAUUUGUAUCGGUCCGCGCCUAGUAAUGUCUCCGCAUGGCGCCCUCGAUCCGACUUUCGGUUGUCCUAAACUUGUUGCGAACGUAAAAAUAACAUAUAGCCUCUCUCUCUGCGUCGACAGUUCGACUCAAUCUUCCUGCAUGAGAAUGGUAAACGAUAUCACCCCUGCCACGAGGCCGACAGGACUAAGAGGGAAAAAGUCCCGGACGGAGUGUAUAUAACUUGGGGGAGCUAGUCUUUUUCGCUCAGAGUCAGUGUAUCAGUCUCUUCCCAUGUCCCGUUCUUCAGAGAAACUCGGCCAGUCCUCCGCCAGCUUGGGAGACAUCACACCCAUUGAGACCAACCUGGAGCCAGUGCCUAUGCAUGAUGUCCAGGUUGAGCCCAAUUGGUGGUGGAAGUAUCGCCAAAUCCUCCGGGAACCAGCCGCUGAGUUCGCUGGUACAAUGCUCCUUGUUAUAUUUGGGACGGGCGUCAACUGCCAGGCCGGGUUGUCCGCCAAUUCAAGAGUAGCAUCUUCUCCCAAAGGCGACUGGGGAUCAGUAUGUUUGGGCUGGGGAGCUGCUAUCGCACUAGGCGCAUGGGUAAGCGGUGGUGUGUCUGGCGGCCAUAUCAAUCCUGCGAUUACUCUAGCUUUCGCUACAUGGCGUGGAUUUCCAUGGAAGAAAGUCCCCGUCUACAUCCUUUCUCAAUUACUGGGAGGAAUCGUUGGCGCGGGAAUUGUUUAUGCCAAUUACUUCCACGCAAUUGAUAUCGUGGAAGGAGGGCGGGGAGCCAGGACUCUACUCACCGCUGGAAACUUUGGUACAAUCCCUCUCGACUACAUGACGAAUGUGUCCUGUUUCUUCUCCGAGUUUCUGGGAACUGCGAUCCUUGUACUCGUCCUUCUUGCUGUCCUCGACUCGCGAAAUGGCGCGCCUCCGAGUGGCCUCGUCCCUCUCGUACUUUUCGUGACGUUCCUCGGAAUCACGGCUUCCCUGGGUAUGGAGACGUCAUUUGCGAUCAACCCUGCACGGGAUCUAGGUCCAAGGCUUCUUACCUCCAUGGUCGGUUACGGGAAAGCGGUGUACACGUUCAGAAAUCAUUAUUGGAUUUGGUGUCCCGUUAUGGCGCCAAUCUUAGGCGCACAAGUCGCUGCUAUGUUUUAUGAUGUAUUCAUAUAUCAAGGACACGAAAGCAUUGUUAACAGGCGCGGCAGGACCGGGAGGCGCACUGCGGACAUGGUUUGAGUAGAUGAUAUACGGUGGCUCCAGUCAGAACACCCGCAGCUAUGGCUUGCACCAGAGGCGGUCAUUAUUUGUACCUCGUGUAUGUUAUAGGCCUAAAAGGUUGCCGAAUUAUAUGCUCUUUGGCUCUUCCGGGAGUACCCUCAUGAAUUUACAGUCAAUGCUUAUUUGAUCCGGG